CAUCCACCACAAAAUUAUUUCCAUAGCCUUGUGUAGGUUAAAAGAACACAACACACAACACCAUCAUUAGCAAGAGAAACCUCUUUGGAAUAUCACCAUUUAUCGAACUCAUAGACUUUUCUAUAUGUACCUCGGAUCUGAGGUACUUUUCGAAGUCUUUGAGCGUCAAGUUUUGCGAUAACAAGGGUCUAUUAUUCUCGCAGUCAUGUCUUCUCCACAGGAUUGGGUUCAAAUACUUUUGAAUCCUUCGCCUUUGGGUUUGAUCAUUACCAUUAUCCUAGUCCUUUCAAUACCAAUAUUCCUCCACUCUGUUGUCUUCCGUGCAGCGGGUUUCACAACCUUACCUUCUAUCCUGUUGAUUGGACCAAGCGGCUCAGGAAAGACGGCGCUUCUUACUCUUGUAAGUAAUUCAAAAGAAGACACUUUAUCGCAUGAGGUGAGUAGUCAGCCAUCACAAACACUGAUAAUUGAUAACAGUUCGAGCGAGAGAAUAAACCUGCCACGACUCACACUUCUCAAACGGCUUCAUCCGCCGAAUGUUCUCUGCCGGUUGAGACAAUAGCUGCUUCGGACAAAUAUCGAUCAGCCAAUGAUCCAGCAAAUCAAGUGCACAAAAAGUUCAUCUUAAUUGAUACUCCCGGCCAUGGAAAACUACGACAUCAUGCAUUCGAAAACCUUACAGCUUCUCAAAACCUUCGAGGUGUAAUAUAUCAAGUUGAUGCCACUACAUUGGGUGCUGGAGAUGAGGGUUUAAGAGAGGCUGCGGAUUAUCUACACGAUCUACUCCUUCUCAUGCAAAAGUUCAUGGAUGGAAAAAUCACUACAAAGGCACCUAAAGAACUGCCACUACUCAUCGCUGCCAAUAAGAUGGAUCUUUUUACUGCUCUUCCAGCCGCCUUGGUCAAAAGUAGUUUAGAGAGAGAAAUUACCAAAGUCAGAGUUUCGAGAUCAAAGGGUCUACUCGAUUCGGGAAUGUCUACAGAAGAGGAUGAAGACAAAGAUGAAUGGCUUGGCGAAAUGGGUUCUAGCGACUUUAAAUUUUCACAAAUGGAGGAGUUCAACAUUUCUGUUGAAGUAGCUGGUGGUAAUGUAAUUGGGUCCGAUGGUGGAUCAGUUGAUGCGUGGUGGAGGUGGGUAGCUAAUAGAUUAUAAGCGAACGAAGCUUCUUCCACAUUUUAUUACAGUAGGUAUGUAGCUAGCUCAUCUAAUAUCCCCUCAUGGACCUCAUUUAUACUGCUCUUUUAUGUGAAUAGCUCAUCAGGUCAAUUGGGCUGAAAAAUAC